UAUUUGAAUAUCCACGUUGGAAUAAAAGGGAAAUUGCGAUGUUUCGAUGUUACGAAUUGAAGAUUAGUAGUUGUGAAGAUUAGAUUUUUCUUCGUAGAUUCUAGAUGAAUUUUAAUUCUGUCACUCCUUUUUACAGAUUAUUAGUUAUCGAUUAAUUAUUAAUUUUUUUUUCAAUAGAUGUAAAAACGGCACAAAUAACAACGUUAAGUCGAAGAAAUAACGGACAAGAGAAGCCUCGAUGCACGACGAAUUAGAGGCAAUGAUCGCUUAACACCGCUCGUCUCGAUCUUAUUACGAACGAUUAUCAUGUUUUUCCCUUCUAAAGAAGUCGUUGAAUAUAUUAUUCUAUUCUUCCUUUGAUACGGCGGAAAAGAGGGGAAUAAGUCCGAGACUUCCACCUAAGGAAGUCUUCUUUUAUCCAAUUAAGAAGAGAAUCGAAAUGAUCCGUGACGCGAGAUGCUUCCUGGAGAACGGCGCGACCGCCGCCCACCUCUUCGUGGGCGAAGAUUUGCAGGUCGGUGACACGGUGGGCGUGCUCGGGGUGUUGGGCGACCCCGGGCCCCAGGGCGACAUCGAGCUCAGGCUUCAGGAACUCGACAGCCCCGUCACAUUCUCCGCCUACUCCAAGAAUUUAACCCUCAUCAGACCUCUGGACAAGGAGGGCGUGGACGGGCCAGCGAGCGUUUACGUGAACGUGAUCUGCGAGAGGAAACACACUUUAGACCCUGGAUUCGUGAUACCGGUCAACAUUCGCGUGACUGACGCCAAUGAUAACGCGCCUCAAUUCGUAAAUUCGCCUUACGUCUUGAACAUCUCAGAGGUGACGGUGGUGGGUACGAGGGUUCUUCAAGGUGUAAGAGCCGUGGAUGCUGAUCAACCGGGACCAUUUUCUACCGUACAAUAUGCAGUUUUGCCUGGACCACACUCGGAUUACUUCGUGUUCGUAAACGCCUUGGAAGGUACUCUGGUCCUGAGGAAGCCGCUGGAUUACGAAACACUGGCCAAUUUCUCUGUCGAUAUACGCGCACAAGAUCAAGGUAACCCGCCGAAAUCAUCCGCCACGACACUCUACGUAAAUGUCAUCGACGCGGAUGACCAAAAUCCUGCCUUUCAAAGUGACCAAUACAAAAUUCUCGUUCCUCGAAACGUUAAAACGAGAAAGACACUGAAGGUAGAUCCUACGGCGAUAAAAGCGAUGGAUCAAGACGUAGGAAUUAAUGCUCCCGUCAAGUACACGAUUCAAGGAGGUAUUCUUCCAUUUCUCACCCUGAAUCCGGAAACGGCCGAGGUUGCCAUAACGCGGCCGUUAUACGAACACGAACUCUUGUCCCCAGCAACGAUCGUCGUCAAGGCCACGCAGUUGGACAAUCCGGAUAAAUACGCUCUUUCCACCAUAGUCGUUUCCCGGGAGGCCGAUUGGAGCGUGGAGCCGACCGCUGGUGGAAGAUUACCUGUCAAAUUUAUACGAAGGGAUCAUGAGACCAGCAUCCCAGAAAAUACCCCUCCGGGAAGUGUUCUGUUAACGACAGGAGUGAAUAAAGUGGAUUCCAAUUUAAGAUUUUGGCUGGUGGGGGCGGUUGAAGAUCUCGAGAGAUUCUCCAUCACCAAUUCAGGCGAGUUGAUCUUAAAGGGCACUCUGGAUUACGAAAGGAGGGUCCAGCACAGUUUUUUGGUUCGCGUUACCGACGGCCAUCACAACGACACUUCGCGCGUGAACGUUUCUGUCGAGGAUGUGAACGAGUGGGAGCCUCGGUUUCGUCAUCCUAGAUACGAAUUCCACGCAGCGACAUCGAGGGAAGGAUCCAUUGUCGGAAAGUUAGAAGCCGCCGAUGGUGACAGGGACGACAAAAUUAGUUUAUCCCUCAGAGGUCCAGACGCAAGAUCUUUCGAGAUACGUGACAAUGGAGAAUUAAUCCUGAAAUCGGUAGCAACGGUUAACGGUUCCUUGGCCAGAUUAGUGGCUGUGGCUUCCGAUUCUGGCCGCCCCCCCAGGUCCAGCAUGAUCCCAGUAAUCGUGCACGUGCCGAAUAGCGGAUCGUUGCCGAUCGCAGCGAGAGCUGCACCCGCCUGGCUCGGGGGCAGCGUCCUCCUUGUCGCCGUUUUCGGCGCCGUUUUGGGCCUCCUUGGUGUUAUAAUACUUGUUUUGAUACUGUACAUAUACAAGAACAAAAGACCGAAGACCAGCGGGUCCGUAAGCUCGGUGGGGACCGGUUAUCGAGAAAAAUCGCCGGUUCCCUCUGCCCUGAGCCCGACACCGCAAGUGCUCGGGGCGAACAUGCUCCAGGACGCUCUGGAAGUUGGACCUCGAAGAGGAGCUCGAGUCGAGGAUGCGCGCAAUAUCGGGGAGAACGAGGAGGAGGCGGUCACCGGGGACGAAGAAAUGGAUCGCGUCGAUCGCGAGAUCGUGGACGAUGGCGAGUGUGAAGCGGCGAAAAACGGCGGCGACGAUGUUGAAAAUCCUGUUUUUGGAGCUAGGAACUAUAGUGCCACGAUUAAAAGUGUAACGUCGGCCAGGCAAAUGCCUGUUUACGCGAGACACAAGAUAGCACCAGCUCCUAAUCCUCCAGGUCUGUCCGCGACCUCCAACAUACCUAACGUCGGAGGUUUGGUGCAAAACAUGAACGACUUGAGCGCGAGAACAAACUUGAACGCUAGCUCUUGCCAAUCUUCCAAUUAUUCGGGAGAUGUUCCAGACUCGUUGGUACCCGCGUGGCCUGCUUGCUCCGUUUCACAGAGAGUUAAAAAAUUAUCGUGGGAUGACGAUGACAGGACGGUGGAUAGUGUGGAAGUAACGGCGGAAACAAUGUCCAGAAACAGUCAGAUCGAACGGAACGAACGACUUAAUCUCACCGUGUAUUUUUAAUUUAUUUCGUGAAACGAAAGACUGAAAGAGAAAAGGAAAUUAAUAAUUUGUCGUGAACAUCGAGUGAAAAAAUUCAUCGAUAGGUUAUUCAAUAAAUAAUUCCUUUCUAAACGGACGCUAUUAAUAGAAAUGUUCUGUACCAUUGCCAGAUGAUAACAAAUUUUAAAUCAAUGUACAUAUAAAAUGUAUAUUAGUUGCAGAUUAAUGCAUCGGAUGAUAAAUCUGCAAAUACGUUCUUUAUCCAUAGUUGUUUUAUUAAAGAAAUACAAAA